GCCACAGCGUUGGCACAUAGUGACGGUCUUGUAUUUAAUUCUUCGGUGGCUGCAGUUAUCUUGACGCUGCAGACUCGGUGACGGCGUCUCUGAUCAGACACAGCUGUGUUGAAUCAAGUCGUCUGAUCUGUAUCUCGGUCCAAAAAACACGCAGGGUUUGGGAAACACUGUGAGGAUUAAUCUCAGCUGGAAUUUAAAGGCGCUUUUAGCCGCGCUGCAGUCACAGAGCUGUUGUCGCACAGGAGGCAGCUGAGAAGCUGAGAUGUUUUAAAUCAGAAACGCAGAGAGAGGAGAAACGGCGAUGGAGCUCGUUGUCAACCUCGUGGCCACUGUCGGCGGCCUCAUCACUGGUGUGAUGAACCUUUUCACCGACAUGUUUCUGACAGCCCCGCUGAAAGCCACCAUCGCACAUCUGGAGGAAACUGAACUUAAAACUUUGAAAGGAGAGAUCAAAACCGUGAAGGCCAAGUCUUUGUGGGAGAAGACUGGAGCUGUCAUCAUGGCAGUGCGGCGGCCUGGAUGAUUUUUGUGCAGAGAGGAGGCUGCAGAGCUGUCCUCUCUGAAACCCCAGCUGGAUGAGCUCGGGGUCCCUCUGUACGCCGUGGUGAAGGAGGACGUUGGCACCGAGGUCCAGAACUUCAGACCAUACUUCAAGGGGGAGAUCUUCUUGGAUGAAAAGAGGCGGUUUUAUGGACCCCGUGAGCGGAAGAUGGGUCUCCUGGCAUUCCUUCGUGUUGGGGUGUGGAUGAAUGGCCUGAGGGCCUUUAAGAAGGGCUUCAUGGGAAACGUGUUUGGAGAGGGCUUCGUCCUUGGUGGCGUCUUUGUUAUUGGACGAGGACAGCAGGGAAUUCUUAUGGAGCACAGAGAGAUUGAGUUUGGGGAUAAAGUCAACAUUGAAGAUGUCAUCCAAGCUGCCAGAAGAAUAGCACAGGAACUUCUGCCAAUAGAGAAGAAAUAAUGCUUUGUGUUUACCACUGAUGGAUAAAAAUCUCAUAUCUGUCCAAAUCACCUUCUUGAGCAGUAAAUCAGUGUGACAGCUCAACAUCUUAGAACCACAUAAAUGAUUUACAGUUAUGCAAAUGAUCAUUGACAAAUGUUUGAAUUUAGAGUCUUGUAAAGUGCACAUGAGGCUUGUAAGUUUGUUGGUGUGGCGGUCUCAGGGAAACCAGGAUGCAUCUUGGGGUAUGACUGUGUUUAAAAGGCUCUGAGUGUGUUAAUGAUGGUCUGUCUUUAAACUUGACAGAGCAAGCAGACUUGAUAUCCAACACUCAGUUUCCUUUUAUUAGUCUGUGAUACCGUUGUGUUACCAUGGGAGCCAAGAGUCCGUGACCUAUGACUAAUAAAACAUGCCUUUGUGUUGUA